GCCUGCUCGGCGUGCCAGGUUUGCAGCGGGCGGCCAGGGCCCCCUGCUGCCCGCCGGCUGUGUACGCAACAAGGCGGGCUUUCGCCGAGCGAGGCGGCGCUGACUCAGCCUGGGCCGAAGAAAGUGCAGGGCAAUGGCGCUCAGCCCCCCCGAGAGGCAGCCGGGCCCGCCCGAGCCCCCGAACCCGGCGGCGGCGCCGGCGGCGCCACAGCAACACCAGGCGGACGACGAGGCCGACCUCGACCCCGACCCGCAGCAGCAGCUGAGCGGCCUGGAGCCCGACGCCGGCGAGGGGAUCCCGCUGCACUCGCCGUGGACUUUCUGGCUCGACAAGUCACUUCCUGGGACAACAGCUGCUGAAUGUGCAUCAAAUUUAAAGAAGAUCUACACAGUACAAACUGUACAGAUCUUCUGGAGUGUUUAUAACAAUAUUCCUCCUGUGACAAACCUGCCUCUGAGAUGUAGUUAUCAUUUAAUGCGUGGAGAAAGACGGCCACUGUGGGAAGAAGAAAGCAAUGCCAAGGGAGGUGUGUGGAAAAUGAAGGUCCCCAAAGACAAUACGUCUGCAGUUUGGAAAGAGCUGUUGCUUGCUACAAUUGGGGAACAGUUUACAGACCGCUGUGCAGGAGGUGAUGAAGUAAUAGGAGUUAGCGUCAGUGUUCGUGAUAGGGAAGAUGUUGUUCAAGUUUGGAAUGUAAACGCGUCGUUAGCAAGUGAAGCAACAGUUCUAGAAAAGAUCUAUGAACUUUUGCCCCAAACAUCUUUUAAAGCAGUUUUUUAUAAACCUCACAAAGAGCACCAUGCUUUUGAAGGUGGACGCAGGAGACAUUAACACAGGAGACAGUCCUGAACUCAAGUUGUAAUUUUUAGUUUUUUGGGGUUUUUUGAGAUCAUCACAGUGGAAAGAUGGACAAAAACACUUGCAAAAGCACCACAAAGCCUGUUAUUUUAGAUUGUUAUAUUCCUCUUGAGCUGGUGCUAUUCAAAAGUAAGGAGUAUUGCUGCCUCAGUUGCUGAUUGUGAUGUUUCCUUUCAUGACUGCUUAACAAAAAAAAGUCACUUUUACUUUUUAGUAUUCCUUUCUUUUUAAGGUAGAAGACUUUACAGUUAAGUAGUUUACUAUACCUAGUUCAAAUGCAAAUAUGCACAAGCAUGAUAUGCUGCUCUUUCUAGACUUGCUGUACCUAGAGAAAUUAAUAGCUUUGUGAACCAUGUUUUUCUGUAAUACUUUGCUUUGAGACAUUCCUAUCAUGUUAAGAGAUACACACAGAUUUGUCCCCCAGAGAGGUUGUAAUAUGCACUGUCCUAAUAGGCAGUGGGAGAAAUCCCAAGGGGAAUCCUGCUCAAGCUCCAUUGAAAUGAAGGGAGCUUGCACAGCACCUGGAUUGCUUCCAAUGUCCUCUGCUUAUGCACUGAUAAUGCGCAUACUGUAAAUAUAUUUUUAUGAUCACUGAACAGAGCCUGUAGACUGAAAAUACACUUCUGUUGUGACUAAUUUUGAACUCUUUAAAUACAAGCCCCUUAAAAUAAGGGGCUGGUUCCCACUUGAUGAUGGCCCAUAUCUGCCCCGAGAGCAUGGGGAGGCUUGAAGGUGGACAUUGCUUGGGUUGAAGCAUUGUUUGUGAUCAUGUAUCACUGUUGAUUUCUGUGAUCAUUGUCACACUGGAACAGAUGCAGUUAUGCUGAUGGAAGCUGCCAUCAGGUGUGGAGCAGUCAGUUCUUGAUUGCAUAGCUGCCAAAUAGCCCGUUUCCCCCGGGAAACCCCCGUUUUUACUUACCUUUUCCCGGUGGUCCCCUGUAUCACUUCGUCUCCCGUUUUUCUCCGUUGUUUUCUCCUGCCGGCGGCCAUUUUUUUUCUUUCUGAUUUUCCCUUCUAUGGGCACCAAAAAUGGCCGCCGCCUGCUUCAAAAGUCGCAUCUACGCAUGUCCGGAAGUGCAUAGACGCGACUUCCGGUGUCCGCGGCGGCCAUUUUGGGGCCAAUAGAUGGGCAGAGCGACACCGGAAGUUGCGUUGACGCACUUCCUGACAUGCGUAGAAGCAACUUUCAAAGCCGGCGGCAGCCAUUUUGGUGCCCAUAGAAGGGCAAAACGACACCGGAAGUUACGUCGACGUAACUUCCGGUGUCACACGGCUGCCGGUCCCGGAUUCUGCAGUCCGGGACUUGGAAGGUAAGUGAUUGGCAUUUGUUUUUAGCUAUUUCAAAUACCUAUUUAGCGGGGCGAGAAUGAAAUGAAAUCACAACUCUUUGUUCCAGAGGUGCCUAAUAUAGUUUGAAUUAAAAAUAAUAAUAAGUAUAAUAUUUCUUUUUUAAAAAAACAACACCAAAACGUAAACCCCUCUGCUGUGCUCUCACUUAAAAUAGGAACCUUAACAAAUCUUCUUUAGCAAACUUUUUAUAAAACAGAUCGUCCCCUCUUACCCCCCUGCAAUCAUAUCAGAUGUGUUCUUCACCCAUGAAGGUCAGUAUCAAAUGCAUAGUAAUUUUUAUUGUAAACAUAACCAACUGUUCAACUGUAUCUAGUUGCAAGCUAUGAUGGCGCCUUAAAUACAUUUUUCGAUAGAGAAGAAAAGUUGAUUACACUUUGAAGCAUGAAUGUGAAAAUUAUCAACAUUAGUUUGUGUGUUUUUUUCCUCUCCGUGCUAAUUAUUGGAGUUUUUGUUCUGCUUUUUAUUACAGUACCAAAGAUUUAUUUAGUUCCUCACAAUGAGCUAGAGGAAUGUGCAUUUUUUUCUAGGCAACAUUACUGGAUUAGCAUUUAGUAUUUUGGAAAUCGUUCUGACUGCACUGAUAACAACCCGUUUAAUCCUACAAGAGGCAGCCAUUGGAAUUCAGUGUGUUUCUAAAUAAAUCAAUUUCCCCUUUUUAAUUUUUGUACUAGUUCAUUUGUAUUUAUGAAUUAAGAUUUGUGCAUUUUAACUAGCAUUAUUAAAAGUUUUAUAAACUCGUA